CAGGCAGGAUGAAAUAUGAAAGAAAGCAUUAAUUUACGACAAAUUAAGCAUUUACGAUAUUACCGUCGACGCGCCGCCGCCGCGCUUCGCCGCUUCGAUCCUCGGAGGAAAAGAGAGGAGGCCAUGGCGGCGUCUCCACCUCUCUCUCCUCCGCGCGUCAUCGCUCGCCACGUGUCCUUCUUCUUCCUCCUCCUCCUCCUCCUCCUCCUCCCGCUGCUCGCUCUCUCCAAAUCCUCUCCUCGCCCCAUCACCGACGACGAGAUCCGGGAGAAGAAGAACGCGUGCUACGCCGACAUCGAGAGUGGACUGUGGGGGUGGAAGUGCCGAGCUUCGGUAAUCGCGAAGGAGAACUGCGCCCUGCUGUGCCUUUCGCCGCGAUGCUACGAGCUCAUUUACGAAGACGAUCCCUUGGAAGAAGGGGAGAAGGACUUUGUCCGAGGGCAAGAGUACAAAUACUGCAUGCACAAGUUGUCCAUGGGCGACAGCCUCGACGGUGUGAAGGGGGCCUUCAAUUUUUAACUUCAGCCCAUGCUUUCACGAUUGUGACAUUCGCCCCCGCCCCCGCCCCCGCCCCCAGGGAGGAGCAUGCCUAACCUAUGAAGGAGGUGAUAAAUGUUGCUUAAAGGAACAUUGCAUGGGAUCUGAUAUUCACAUUGGGUUUGCAAUGUGAAAAUCGUGAUAGUUAUAACAGAUUUCCUGCAAUUUAUCUUUGUCAGUGUGAUGUCUCUCUAAUAUUUAUGCCGUGCAUGAGCGCGCGUAUCUCGGUUACGUUUGUAAAUUAAACAUUUCGUAGUCGACUUCUUUACAGUUUUAGAAAUUCAAUGCUUUCCAUUCUCAUA